UUUUCUUCCAGCUCUAGCAGCACAUGUGUGUUGUUGCUUGGCAUCAAAAUUUGUCGAGCGUCUGAGGAAGGCAAGGAACAGCAGUAACGACUCAGGAAAGGAUCAGGCGAUCAGGCAUCUAGAAGUUUGCACGGACACGGCACGCAAAACGCGGAAACUACAAAAGCAAACAUGCCGAACGACACGGUGGUGAAGGUGCAGGAGUACAAGGAUACGUUGAUCCUCAAGGCGGAGCUGCUGAUCACCAAGCGCUUCCCGGAGAAGAUCGUCCAGCUCAACGAGCUCCUGGCCACGCCGAUGUUUAAUGAGCGCAAUUUCGAGGAGGUGCACCAGGACCUCAACAUCCCGGCCCUGCCGCCCGUUUUGGUUAAGAACCACGAGGACAACAAGUCCGAGGACGGCGACCAUCCGCCCACCAAGCGGCAGCGCAAGGAUGUGAUCGUCUCGGGGCAGCCGGUUCUGGCACUGCCCGCCGGAACGGUGCCGUGCAACAAACCGCUCUGCGAGAUGAUCAAGGUGGUCAAGCCCAUAAUCAGGAAGCUAGUGGAGGAUUCUAAUCUGCUGAAGAUGUGGAUCUCAUUCAUGAUACCCAAGAUCGAGGAUGGAAACAAUUUUGGCGUCUCCAUCCAGGAGGACACUCUGGCCGAGAUUCAGACGGUGGAAUCGGAAGCGGCCGCCUUCUUUGACCAGAUAUCGCGCUACUUCCUUUCACGCGCCAAAGUGGUGUCCAAGGUGGCCAAAUAUCCGCACAUCGAUGACUAUCGCCGCGCCGUCGUCGAGCUGGACGAGAAGGAGUACCUCAGUCUGUGGCUGGUCGUCUGCGAGGUGCGCAACCGCUACUCCUCGCUGCACGAUAUAGUGAUUAAGAACCUGGAGAAGCUGAAGAAGCCGCGCUCCUCCAACACCGAGAGCCUCUACUAGGGGUUUCCUCCAGUCCCAGCCCAAGAAGACCUUUUCUUUUUUUUUCCAUCAUCCUAUUUACUGUUCAAGAAACAAACAAACAACAAUAAACAGCCCGUAGAACGGACGGACAACGGUUCUCGUGGCUACUCGAAAAGCUCAGCCCCCUCCAUUUCGGUUGCCAAGUGAAAAGAAGAGGUACGAGAACCAUUAAGCAAUAGCUGUAGCCUAACUAGCCACUGUAUUGAUCCAUUUGUACUCUAGACGAACUAGAGUUUAAUGUCGAGUUUAGCGUAGAAUACAAGAAACCGAUGCUGUAUAGAUUCCACUAAUAGCUAUAGCUAUGCAUAUGAAUAAAUAAAUCGAACGUUGCC